CGUAGCUCCGUUUUCUAGCCCUGCGGGCGGUCUGACGGAAUGGGGCCUGCAUGGGGCCUGGUCUCUGUCUUUGCCUCCCUCCAGCGCCCGCGAGCAUGUGAAAGCGACCCGCUGCCGUCAAACGUGCCGGUCGGUGGCGGGGCUUCAGCGGUUGCGGCCUGGUCAAACGAGCGUUUUCCCACCGUGCAUGCGCAAGCUUUCGCCGCUGAUACGGGCUUCUUCUGCUGAGUCUGCACCCCUAAUCCCCUCACGUACAGGCAUGGUUCCCAGGUGGCCGGGGGUGGCCGCACAGAUUCGGCGGGACUCGGCUCGCUCGUGCAAGCAACUUUGACCUCACUGCAUUCUUUUUUUUUUCUUUUCUUCUCUUCUCUCAUUCUUCCUGCAGCUGCCCGUCUUUGCGCCUCGAGUCCCUUUGCCAUUCGCUUCUCACUCACCUAAUUCGCGUUCUUCACCGUUGGGGGAAGUAUCCGCCCUUGGUAGAUAACCUACCUGCGGGUGCCCAUAACUUACUGGCUGCUGGCUCUUGGAGUCGCCGGCCGAUACUCUCUUUCCCGCUGGCAUCCGUCUGUCUCUCUUGCUUACCCUUGUCACUGUUUCAGCUGUCACCCACAAGUCUCCGACUCAGCUUCCCGCAGGCUGGCCCAGCGUUGCGUCGAGGGUCCGCCACACACCCAAGCAUUCCGUACCGAUAAGACAGCCUCUUCUGGGUGCCGGGAAACCUUGGAGCUCUGAGCCCGAACCGAAAAAAAAGGCCUCCCACCUUCACUCAUGCGGAUCUGGGUGAAAUUGUGUCAGACGUAAGGCCCUUGAGGCCGGAGCAUCGGCUUGUUCUUCUGCACGCCGUUGCGGUUCCCCCUUCGAAUUCGGCUAUCUUCCCCCUGCUGCCCUUGCCCUUGCCCUUGCCCUCCGCCGCCGUCGUCAGAAGCCAACCCACCCAUCAUGGUGGCAACCUCACAAGACGGAGGUCUAUCCGCAGGGCCAAUAUCCGUCAUUUUCGAGGUCCUCCCGACCUCGAUCCAGGCCAUCAUCCCGCCCAUCCCCUCGCUCAGGCGAUCAGUCAGCCAAAGGAGGAUGAUGAAGGCCACCUCCUUCCUCCCUGCCGCUCUCUUUGUCCUGCAAUCACAGACCCCGCUUCCCGCCGCCGAUAGCCUCCGCCCGCUCUCGACCGACGACGUCAGCCUCGUCGUCGAGGAGGACAUGGAGAGCACCACCGACGAAAGCACCACCACCGCCGACCCGAGAGACAUCGCCCAGUACUCGACCCCGAGGCAGGUUCGCCCCCGCGAGGUCGUCGAGUACGCCGCCGCGCCGCCGCAGCCGCGGUCCGGGGGCAGGAUGGGCUUUCAGUUCCUGCGGCUCUCGCGGCGGUCCAGCUCGACGGCGUCGUCGUCAGCGUCGUCGUCGGCGGCGCCGGGCGCCAGCGCCGGCAUCGACCGCAAGUUCCAGCGGCGCGGACGCGAGCUCCUCCGCGACUCCGAGGCCGAGGCCGACCCGUCCAACCCAGACCCGAACCCGGCCUUUGAGCGCCGCGCCUACCUGGACGGCAUCGCGUACCUGCUCCAGGGCCUCCCCCGCGACCUGGACGAGGUCGAGGUCAGCAUCCUGCGCGGCUCGUUGCCCGACCCGCUGCGCCAUGACGCGAACCUACGGCAGCGCAACGGCCUGACGAACGGCGGCGACGAGUUCCAGCGGUCGUCGGGCUUGUCGUCGCCCGAGCUCUCGGCACAUGGCGGCGGUGAGUCCGUGUCGAUGCUGCGGCUGCGGGGCGCGGGCCCGUCGCCGGUGCACAGGACGGUGCGGACGCUCAUGACGGGGCUCAUCUUCAUGCUGCGGCUCUUCUUGUCCGUCUUCGCCACGGCGGUGCAGGAGGUGGUGCGGGUGGGCAACGAGUACCAGAUCCCGGAGCGCGUGACGCGCCAGACCAUGUUCAUGGCCAGCUCCUUCGCCAGCAUGGGCACGUCGGCCGCCAGCACCAUCGGCAGCGUGAGCAAGGCGUCGUACGCCAUGGUCGACGACCGCGUCGGCAACGGCCUCGGCACCAUUCUGCGGUGGGUCGCCGACGAGACCAUCGCGGGCGUGUGCGACGGCCUGCGCGACGGCCUGCGUUACCAGCUGUACCAAGAGGGGCAAUAGCGGUCACUGGAGCAAUCCUCGGAGGGCAUGUUUUGUUUUUCUCGAACUCUCUCUGACUCUUUCAUCCUCUUUUCCUUUGUCACACAACGCUAUGAUGUACGAUCUACCAGAUAUCGUCAAAUUUGGACGUCUGGGAUAUAGAAACGAACGACCACGUAAGGAGAAAUUGGAUAGAAGCCAUGUUCAACUAUCGGGUUCUCGAGGCGGUUUAUGGCGUUAGUUAGGAAAGGCACGCUUGUUUUUAAAAGGCAGUGUUUUAAUCUUGGUUUUGUUCAUCAAAUGUUGUCGUGCAUCAUCACCAAAGGUCGCCAAUCCGAAUUGAAAUUGUUGUUACACAGUGU